AUGUCGAACCAAUUUGCAAAGACCAAUGAAGGCCAAGAUGACUUGGAAGUAUUGAACGCAGAAUCUUGUAUGCCGAUCGCCAUCGUGGGAAUCGGGUUUCGAGGACCAGGAGAUGCUCAAGAUGUCGAGAAGCUGGAGGACAUGAUACGUACUGGCAGAGAAGCCUGGAGUCUGAUCCCAGCAAAAAGGUGGAACAACACUGCUUUCUAUCACCCGGAUCAUUCUAGAUCUGGAACGAUCAACGUGGAGGGGGGUCAUUUUCUAGCAGAAGAUGUAUCCGUUUUUGAUGCACCCUUUUUCAAUAUGACGAGUGACGAAGCGUCGGCGAUGGACCCUCAGCAGAGACUCCUGCUAGAAGUCACAUAUGAGGGACUGGAGAAUGCUGGAAUUCCCCUAACCAAAAUUAUGGGCACAAAAACAUCCUGCUUCGUCGGGUCUUUUUCAGCUGACUACACAGAUCUUCUCCUGCGAGAUCCAGAAUGCGUACCGAUGUACCAGUGCACGAAUGCCGGACAGUCCAGGGCAAUGACAGCCAACAGACUAUCCUAUUUCUUCGAUCUGAAAGGGCCAAGUGUCACAGUAGACACAGCAUGCUCGGGCAGUCUGGUAGCACUCCACCUGGCAUGCCAGAGUCUGCAGACCGGGGAUGCCUCUACGGCCGUUGCGGCGGGUGUGAACUUGAUAUUGAGUCACGAGUUUAUGUCUACUAUGAGUAUGAUGAAAUUUCUAUCGCCCGAUGGGAAAUGCUUUACAUUUGAUGAAAGGGCCAAUGGAUAUGCUCGUGGCGAGGCUGUUGGCUGUCUUAUCCUCAAGCCUCUGGCUAGCGCCUUACGCGACAAAAAUACUGUAAGAGCUGUGAUCAGAGGGACUGGAUCCAACCAAGACGGACGUACCCCUGGUAUAACACUCCCCAGUGGCGCUGCUCAGGAGACAUUGAUUCGAAGUGUGUAUGCUCGAGCUGGUCUCAAUCCAUCCGAGACAGAAUUUGUUGAGGCACAUGGUACUGGCACGCAAGCCGGUGAUCCCAUUGAGACAGGUGCCAUUGGCCGGGUUUUUGGGCCUGGUCGUUCUUGCGACGAUCCGUUACGAAUAGGCUCGAUCAAAACGAACGUCGGGCAUCUGGAGGGCGCAAGUGGUAUUGCAGGUAUGAUCAAAGGGAUUCUGAUGCUGGAGAACCGUAUAUUCUUGCCGAAUCGCAACUUCGAGAUUGUCAAUUCGCGUAUUCCUUUGUCAGAUUGGAAGCUGAAGGUUCAAUUACUCCUUGAGCCGUGGGAGAGCACUGGCCCACAUCGUGUUUCGGUCAAUAGCUUUGGGUAUGGAGGUAGUAAUGCCCAUGUCAUUUUAGAAGACGCCGUGGGAUAUCUAUCCAGUCAAAGCCUCAACAAAAGCAUCAUGCAGUUAUCAAAAACACCAAAUGGUGUACAGGGAAAUGAUAAUCGCGGUGUUCUGCCCAGCCCAUCGCGUAUAUUCAUGCUCUCUGGCUUCGAUGAAUGGUCUUGCACACAACAAAUGCAAACUCUCAGAAGUUACAUCCUUGACAGAGGUACUAGGCUCGACAACGAAAAGUUACUGGAUAACCUUGCUUUCACAAUUAACGAGCGGCGUUCAAGUUUCACCUGGAAGAUUGCUGUUGUUGCCAGUACCAUUGAAGACCUGGCUACAGCUCUCGCUCAGAACAUCAAAGCCAGAAGUACUGUCCGAAAACCAAAAGUUGGUUUCGUCUUCACAGGCCAAGGCGCACAUUGGGCUGGGAUGGGAAAGGAGUUACUCCAGGCAUAUCCGGUCUUUCGCAACUCAGUCUUGGGGAUCGACACUUGGUUGGAAGUUAUUGGAGCCCCAUUCCUCGUGAAAGGAGAGAUCACAAAAUGUCCCCAAGACUCAGAUUUGAAUGACCCGCGUCUCAGCCAGACAGUGUGUACAGCACUCCAAAUAGCACUUGUUGACCUACUGCAUUCAUGGGGUAUCUAUCCAGACUCUGUGACCGGCCAUUCCAGUGGUGAAAUCGCUGCAGCGUAUGCUGUCGGGGCACUCAGUAUGGAAGAUGCGAUGUCGGUCGCAUAUUAUCGCGGUGUCGUGGCGAGCCAUGUGUUGGACGUUCACAAGACUCGGGGAGCCAUGAUGGCAGUGGGUACGUCCGUCGAAGAUGUCCAGAAAUACAUUGACAGGCUUCCGUGUGGACACCUCGUUGUGGCGUGUGUCAACAGUCCAUCUAGCGUUACUGUCUCCGGUGAUAUCCUCGCCAUUGCUGCUCUUGCACAGCUACUGAAAAAUCACCAAUUAUUCACCCGGCGUCUUGCUGUGGAUGUCGCGUAUCACUCCCCACAUAUGGCCCUUGUUGCAGAUGAGUAUCACCGUUUGAUUGAGUACAUCGAGCCCCAGAACCAAAGCCAGGUGGAUGACAAGAAUAAACAUAAACCAGCCCCGUUUUUUUCAUCGGUUUCCGGAACAAUCUAUCCACUGAAGGAGUUGCACGCUGGAUAUUGGGUCUCAAACCUACUCGGACAAGUGAAAUUCGCAGAUUCCUUGAGAAACUUGUGCUUCGAGACAGACACACAACGGUCUGGUAGUGUCGAAGCUGUAAAAACCAGGAGAGUUGGAGCGGCACGGAAAGCAAGCAUCGACUGUCUCAUUGAAAUCGGUCCCCAUGCUGCACUUUCUGGGCCAGUCAAACAAAUACUACGAGCAGACCCAAAGCUCAACUCUGCCGACAUAGUGUACACGAGUAUCUUGAAGCGAAAGGAGAACGCCGUUAUGACUGCACUUGGCAUGGCUGCCACCGUGGCAUCGCUCAAUUACCCGGUGGACUUCAGUGCAAUCAAUAACCCGCAGGGACUCGAUGGAUUCUCCAACCCACAGUUGCUCGUCGAUCUUCCGCCAUACCCAUGGAAUCAUACCAGAUCAUACUGGGCUGAGCCACGGCUCAGCAAAAUGUACAGGAACAGAAGGUUCUCGCGAAAUGAUCUUCUCGGUGCUUCAGAUAACAUGUCUUGCCCUUGUGAGCCUCGUUGGAGGAAUUUUCUUCGGACUUCGGAGCUUCCAUGGCUUCUUGACCAUAAGAUUCAAGGAAAUAUCGUGUUUCCUGCUGCAGGAUAUCUGGCAAUUGCAAUCGAAGCUUCAAUGCAGCUCGUGAAAAGCGAAGAAAAAAUUGCCAGAUAUGUGUUGCAAGAUGUGUCGAUCAAAUCCGCCCUAGUUCUCAACGAGUCUUCAGCCGUCGAGCUUAUGGUGUCUGUCCGAGACUCAGCACAUAAGCCGCAUGAGCUAUACGACUUCCAUAUAUAUUCAAUAUCAGAGGACAACCGAUGGACCGAGCAUUGCACUGGGCUGGUCGGCUCACAAAGACAGAUCGGUGUUUCAGCCAAAGGGCUCGAGGAAACGGACAACUAUUCUAUGGUACCAUUAGGCACAGAGGUCCGUGUAAUAUCUGCGAUCGACGUUCAAGAUUUCUAUGAAGAGCUCCAUGAGGUUGGACUGGAAUACGGACCAUGCUUUGCUAAUUUGACAACAGCACACGUCACUCAAGAAGGGGCCUGUUUUGCAGAAGUUACUGUACCAGAUACUAGAUCAGUAAUGCCACGCGCAUUUCAAUAUGAUCUUUUGAUCCACCCAUGCACGCUAGACAGUAUUUUCCAUACUGUAUUUGCUGCUUUACCGCCUGGCAUUGAUAUUCAGGAUGGACCUGCAAUUCCUAUCUCCAUCGAGGAAAUGAUCGUGUCAUCUGGGAUCAGUUCUUCGGCGGGCGAUAUCAUGAGCAUUUGCACUCAUGUGCGACAGAGUCUGAAGAAAGAUGUUAUAGCAUCUAUUGUUGUGGUUGACUGCAACGAUAAACAGUCCGAAAUGGAGCCUAGCAUCUCGAUCCGUGGCCUGCGGUGUGCACGACUUGAGCGCGAUAGAGACGCUUCCCUUGUCAAAGAAAAUCAAAGCACUUAUCGCAUCGAGUGGAAGGCCGAUCCGUACUUUCUCUCUAACGAGGAUGUGUCUUUCUUAUUUGCGCAUGAGAGUGAGUUAACCCGGGGACCUGAAUAUCCAGCGGAAUUUGAGGAAUGCGCAGUGGGUUUCAUUAGGACUGCGUUGGAAGAAGUCAGUGCAAUGGAAGUAAGGAAACUUGACACUUCGCACCGUAGAUUCACAUGUCAUUUGCAAGAUAUCUUGAAUAGAUACGAUGAAGGACACAACGGCUCCAAGUCUAGCUUGAAGGAAAUCAGGUCCAACUCAACAGGAGAUCUGCUGCGUGCCAUCGGUGAAAACCUUGUUGCUAUCAUCAGAGCCCAGGUGAAUUUCACUGACGUGAUGAUGGAUCAUCACCUAUUGGACACAUUUUGGGAUAUCUUCUCUGCAGAUUCCUCAUACAAAUUAACAGGCCAAUACCUGGAUUUGGUUGGCCACAAAAAGCCAGAGUGUUUGAUUCUCGAGCUUGGAGUCGGCACAGGACAAGUGUCUAAACUGUUCCUCGAACAGCUUGCACGUUCCGGCCAGCCACCUUGUUGUGGAAAAUAUACUUUUGCCCAUGAGAAUCCCCUGGUGCUAAAGCAUACAGCAAAGCGGCUGGAGCAAUGGUCGGAACUGGUUGAUUGCAAACCGUUAGAUCCUGAAAAAGACCUUUCCACACAGGGAUUUGAAAAAGGAUCUUUCGAUAUAGUCAUAUUACCUCAUGACUUGUGCACUGCACGAUGGGAGCAAAAGGCCCUUUGCAAGAUUCAUGAUCUUCUCAAGCCAUCUGGGUCAUUGAUAGCCAUCAACCCUUUCAAUCCAAAGCAGAAUAUUGUGAAGAAUUUAUUGUUCAGUGCCUUGCACUGUUUAUCUACCGAAGACUUCUGUUUAGGUCAGGGUGGUUGGUCAGAGUAUCAAUGGGAUGACAUACUACGCGAGGCACAUUUUACCGCAGUAAAUGUUUUUACAGAUCCAGAUUGCGAGAGAAAUCAUCACUUUAUCGUUGCACGCAAGGAGAAAAUUGAAACAUCUACAGCGAAAAUUUCCAUCAUCUGCGAACGUGAAGCUGGGAUAGCUGUUGGAGUUCUAGUCACCCAGUUGAAAUGCCUUGGUUGUGAGGUCAACGUGCGAAGUAUAGACGAUGCGGAAACAGACGAUCGAAUCUGCUUGGUGCUGGACACCCAGCAAGGAUCAUUACUGGUCACCCCAGAUAAUAUCACCUUGGACAGAAUCAAAGCAACAUUCAUGCACAGCGCAGGUGUUCUAUGGAUUACCAAAGGUGGCACGGUCGAGUCAACCAACCCCAAUGCCAGCCUUGCUGCAGGUUUUGCACGAACGGCGCGGGCCGAAUCCGGGGUAAAUCCAAUUGUUACCCUUGAUCUCGAUGCACAAAAGCCUCUCUCCGAGUCUCAUGCUGCAGAGCUAAUUGCAACCUUCCUGGCCGCCCGCUUCCUCCGUAGAGGCGCGAAUGAGGACACAGAGUUUGCAGAAAGACAUGGAACAAUCUUGAUUCCACGGGUAUUGGAAGAUUCAGCUACAAGCACAGCCAUGCUCAGUCUGCGUGCCACUGAAACUGUUUCUGAGCAGUAUUUUCACCGGGCAGAGCAGCCACUACGUUUAUCGAGAGGAUUUGGAGAGCCUCAUUUUGUUAGGGACUGCGCGUUGUCGGAACUUCCAGUCGGGUACGUUGGAAUCAGAGUACAUGCCUUUGGCCUCAACGAACAAGACCUGCGGAGAGAAACCCAUGAUUGGAUCUCGGAUGACACGCUCGGUAUCGAGUGUAGUGGAGUUGUAUACAAUGUCGGUGUCGGGGUUCGGGGGAUCUCCAUUGGAGACCGAGUGUCGUGUCUUGGGACUGGCACAGCCAGGAGUUUCUAUCAUGAUCGAGCAGCAGCGUUCCAGAAGAUCGGCGACAAAAUGUCGUUCGAGCUCGCUUCAGCAUUGCCGGUCGCAUACUCGACUGCAUAUUACAUCGGAAACUACCAUUUGUCGCGUCUUCAAUCAAAUGAGGUCGUCCUCGUGCACCUGGCUGGCUGCUGUUGUGGACAGGCAAUUGUGGAAUUGUACAGAAUGAGAGGCACCCACAUAUUUGUGACAGUCCAGGAUUCCACAGAAAAACUUCUGUUCUCACACCGAUUUGGGAUACCCGCUAAUAAUAUAUUCAUAGUUGGUCAAGAUGAUAUCGUGAAGAGCUUGACGCGGUUAGCUGAUGGCAAGAAGGCAAACCUAGUGGUUAGCUUUGGUACAGAUGACGAGCAAAUCCAAAAUUGCACUGCACCAUUUGGCCAUUUCAUCCGACUUUUUUCUGACAAGUCCAGAACUCAAGGAGUCUUACGGUCGCAGAACAUGUCGUUGUCAGCAUUCAACAUGUUUGAUCUUCGGAAGGAAAAGAGGGAUCUUGCAGACCACGUCUGGUCUAAGGUCUUUCAACUAUUCCGGGAAGGACGACUAAAAGGCCCAUCAGGGACUGCGGUAUAUAACAUUUCACACAUCCAACAGGCCAUAGAAGAAACACCUCACAAGCGACAUGUUGUCAUUUCUGCCGCGCCAGAUGAUCUUGUCAUAGCCACACUUCCCAAACAAUCCCAAUCUUUGUUCCACGCAUCUGCAUCCUACCUGCUAGUCGGGGGACUUGGUGGAAUAGGACGUGAGGUGGCUUUAUGGAUGGCUCAAAACGGUGCAAAGAGUCUGGUAUUACUCAAUCGAAGUGGUCUAUCGAAAGAGAAGUCGCAGACAACAGUAAGGGAACUGGAGGAGAAAGGUGUCCAGGUGAUGGUUCAGGUUUGUAAUAUAUCCAACGAGAUUGAAGUUCGACAAAUGAUCGUGGACGUUUCUCACUGUGCGCCUCCCAUUCGAGGAAUCAUCCAGGGGGCUAUGGUUGUGAAGGAUGUUCACAUUGAGAACAUGAGCCUGGAUAAUUAUCGAGAGGUCAUGGGCCCUAAGUAUGCAGGGACUUGGAAUCUUCACCGACAUUUGCCCAAAGACCUCGACUUCUUCCUCAUGCUUUCUUCCAUCAGCGGCAUGAUUGGAAAUGCAACUCAAGCGGCAUAUGCUGCUGGUUGUUCUUUCCAGGACGCAUUUGCCGCAUAUCGGAGCAGCUUAGAUCUUCCAGCAAUAUCACUGGAUCUCGGUACGAUCACAGAUGUUGGUUAUCUGGCAAAAAACAAGGAGCUAGCAGCAAAGAUGGAAAAACAAGGGUUCCAAGGCACCGACACACCAACUCUUCUCUCGCUGAUUCAAGUCGCAAUAUCUCAACCCUCAGGGACAGGAACACAGAUAAUAGCCGGACUUGGCCAAUGGAAAGCAGAAGAAUCCCUGGGCAAUUUCAGUACACCUCUGUUCUCUCAUUUUCGUCGGAAAUAUCAGAAUCAUGGAAAAGCUACCAUACUCAGUGAUUCGGUUGAAGGUUUCAGGGUGGAACUUAAAGAAGCAAAAACCCCAGAACAAGCCACAUCCGUCAUUACUCAAAUGCUGAGGCGGAAGAUCGCUUUGCAUCUGUCUGUGCCAGUAGAGAACAUCGAUCCGUCCAAUCUAGUCUCCGAGUACGGGGUUGAUUCUCAUGUGGCUGUUGAGCUCCGCAACUGGGUGUCCAGGGUCAUGGACUGUACUGUUCCCAUCCUCCAGAUAAUCGCAAGCUCAAUACUGGAUCUGUCCAGCAAUAUUGCUAGUCAGAAGCUAGGGGACAACAAAGGAUGA